GCGGGGCCCGGGGGGGAGGGCUGGGGGUGGCGGCCCCGGCCGCGCUGACAUCACUGUCCCAGCGCCGGCCUUUUAGAGCAGGGGCGGCCCCCAAAGUGUGCAGAGAGUGAGUGAGUCCCGCUCUGAGCAUCGCCCCGCGCUCCCCAACAGCCGCUGUCUCCCAGCCACCGCAGACAUGGCGAACAAGGGCCCAGCGUACGGCAUGAGCAGGGACGUCCAGUCCAAGAUCGAGAAGAAGUACGACGAUGAGCUGGAGGACCGGCUGGUGGAGUGGAUUGUGGCGCAGUGCGGCUCUGCCGUGGGCCGUCCCGACCGGGGCCGCCUGGGCUUCCAGGUCUGGCUGAAGAAUGGCAUCGUCCUCAGCCACCUGGUGAACAGCCUCUACCCCAGCGGCUCCAAGCCCGUCAAGAUCCCGGACGCGCCGCCCACCAUGGUGUUCAAGCAGAUGGAGCAGAUCGCCCAGUUCCUCAAGGCGGCUGAGGAAUACGGUGUGGUCAAGACCGACAUCUUCCAGACCGUCGACCUCUUUGAAGCCAAGGACAUGGCGGCGGUGCAGAGGACGCUGAUGGCCCUGGGGAGCCUGGCGGUCACCAAGAACGAUGGCAACUACCACGGGGACCCCAACUGGUUCAUGAAGAAAGCACAGGAGCACAAGCGGGAGUUCACCGACAGCCAGCUGAAGGAGGGCAAGAACAUCAUCGGCCUACAGAUGGGGACCAACAAGGGGGCGUCACAGGCGGGGAUGAGCUACGGCCGGCCCCGGCAGAUCAUCAGCUAGGCAGCCCCCCCGCCGCCCCAAGAGCAGCCCCAGCCGGGACCGUCCGUCUCCGCCGCCCCCGGCCCCGCGCGCCGCAGCCCCCGCAGCCCUGGCGGCCGCCGCCGCCCCUCACCGAUUGGUAUUUAUUGGCAAGAAAGCGCCAGCCGGCCCAAAACACCCUCCAGCGCAACGCAGCCAGCCUCGGGGUGCCGGGGCGCCCCGCCGCGCUCCCCCCCGGCCCCGCACGCCCUGCCGCACCGCCAGCCCCGCCGCCCGCCGGUCCUGCCCCCGCCGCGCUCGCCGGCACCCCGGGGCGCCCCGCUGCCCUCCCCGGGAGGGGCGGCCCCCGCACCAGCCCCGCGCCACCGCCGCAGGGAUCCUCGCCAACGGGCAGAAAAGAAAAUUGGCCUCGGUUUUGUACUUCGUUUUUCUCAAAAUUAAAAGGUUCUUCAUCCA